ACACCUCCAACCUUACCAAUCUUCAGAAAACACUCCUUUCCAUCCGACGAAAUGAUAGAACCCUCUGAAGACUCAUUUGAGACGAUGAUGGAGCGUAAGAAUCCAUCAUCAAAACAAAUGGAGUCCUCCGAGGGCUCAUCCAACACCACUGUGGCGACAGCGGGCAGCGGAGCGCAGGGAGCCACGGGGCCAGCCAGUGGCCCAGCCCAGGAAAGGGAGGAGCCACCCAGUGGCUCACUCCAGGAAAUGGAAGCGCUGCCCAUUGAUCUACUCCAAGACAUGGAGGAGCCAUCCAGUGGCCCACGUAAGGAAAUAGAGGAUCCACCCAAUGACCUACUCCAAGACAUGGAGGAGUCAUGCAAGGGUCCACGCCAGGCAAGGGCGGAGCCACGCGGGGAAGCAUCUGACGGGAUGAAAGCGGCAUCAGUAAACCCAUCGGGAGCCCAGGAGGCACAAGAGGCUGACACUGACCUGAGUGGAUCGGGAAGGGAGGAGGCUCCUCAAGGGCAAAGCCAGCCCGAGCACUCGACCACGGAAAUCAUGGCCACGGUGCAGUCCAUCAUCUCGCUGUACUUCCGGAUGCAAGACCUCAAAGAACAACAGAGGGUAGCGGAAGAGAUCUUGAUCAAAGGCAUCCACGCCGGCCAACUGCCCGCCCCAAGACACUUCUCUGGCGACCGCAGGGAAUUCCACGAGUUCAUUGUGCUCUGCCAGCUGACCUUACAAAGCUACCCAAGAAUGCUCUACAGCGACCACCUGCGAGUUGGGUACGUCAUCGACCACCUCUCUGGCUUGGCCUUAGAAUGGGCCAAAGCUCUGCUGCAGGAAAACAGCCCCCUGAUGGGAGACUUCCCAGCCUUCCUGGAGGCCAUGUCAGAGGUGUUCGAGUACCGGCAGGCACUGCGUGUGGCAGAAGAGGCCAUGUUCAACAUCAGGCAGGGAGGUCGCUCGGCCACCGAGUACAUCGAUGAGUUCCAGAGCCUGAUACCUGUCUUGGGCUGGCCGGAGGAAGUGCUGCAGGCCCACCUGUGUCAGGGGCUCAGCGAGGAGAUCAGGCACUAUCUGUUCCGGGUCCCUCAGCCAGACUCCCUGGACAGCCUGAUCGUGCUCGUCCUGCAAAUAGAAGAGAAGCUGGCAGAGAGAAGGGCGAUGAUGAGGCUGCCCCCGGAGGCCCGCCCGCGGAACCUGACCUGGAUCGACUCACCUGCUCCGGAGAGGUGGAUGGUCAGCAGCUGGCUGCCCAGCGAAGCUCACCCAGCCAUCGACCGCGCCCACCUCUUCCUGCUGCUCAUGGUGAGGGUGAACCCCUACCACAGCGUCGCGGUCCAGGCCCUGGUGGAUUCGGGAGCCGACGGCAACUUCAUGGAUGAGAGGUUCGCCCAGGAGCACUACGUCGAGCUCUACGAGAAGCCCUACCCGCAGUCCGCCCGGUCCGUGGACGGCUCGCUGGUGGGCCACGAGCCUGCGUGGCUGUACACUGAACCCCUGGUGUGCAUCCACCAGAACCACCAGGAGUCCAUCGAAUUUGACAUCGUACCUUCGCCUCACUUCUCCGUGGUCCUGGGUGUCCGCUGGCUCCGAGUCCACGCCCCGGAAGUCGACUGGAUCAAGGGCCGCUGCACCUUCCACUCUCCCUACUGCCUGAAGAACUGCUUCCGCCCGCCGCCCCCAUGCAUUGCCCUGGAGAGACACAGCAUGAGCCUGCUACCCGGACUGCCGCACCCAUACUCAGACCUGGCCGACGUGUUUAACCCGAAGGAAGCAGAUGAUGAGACUUCCGACCAGCCAAGCUCAGACGGAUCCGAUGAUCUUUCUGAAUCAGAGCCCUCUGAGCUUCAGCAGGCUGGAGACAGUGAUCACAGCGAGACCUUUUACGAAUGUCCCUCCACCGCGCCUUGGGAACCUGUGGGCGCCAGGAUGCAAGAAAGAGCCAGGCUACAGGAUGCAUACUGGGACCUGCAGGACAUGCUGACCGACAGGCAGGACUACAUACAGAUGAUUCCGGAACUGUUUGACCAGUUGCACGGAGCGGCAUGGUUCACCAAGCUGGAGCUGCGCGGGACCAUCGUGGAGGAAAGCCUGAACGUACACCGAACGGAGGAUGUAUGGAAAGCCGCCUUCGGCUUGGAGCUCCAAGACAUGAAGAGCUACCCGUCCUUCACGCUGUCCCCAGACCCUAUCAUACCUCAGAACGUCAUUCACUUCAUCCUAAAGGACAUGCUAGGGUUCUUUGUGCUCUCCUACGGCCAGGAAGUCCUGAUCUACUCCAUGAGCCAGGAGGAGCACCUCCACCACGUCCGCCAAGUCCUGGUCCGCUUUCGCCAUCACAACGUCUACUGCUCACUGGGCAAGAGCCAGUUCCACCGACAGACCGUGGACUUCCUGGGCUUCGCCAUGACCCCCCGAGGGGUGAAACUGAACAAAAGCGUCAUGAGCAUCAUCUCGGGGUACCCGGUCCCUGGCUCCAGGCUGUCCCUGUGGAACCUCCUCGAGUUCGUGGUCCCCUACCGGCACUUUGUGGCACGCUUCAGCAUCAUUGUGGAGCCCCUGGUGCAGCAACUGCUGAGCACCCAGCAGUUCCGCUGGGGAGCCGAGGAGCAAGAGGCCUUCGAGUGCCUCAAGCGGGCGUUCAGCCAGGUGCCCCUCCUCUACCACCCCAAGCCCCAGAACCCCUUCUACUUGGAAACAGGCGUCACUGGGACGGCCCUGCACGCCUCCCUGAUCCAAAUAGACGACCAGACGGGCAAGAGAGUCUGCUGCGCUUUCUACUCCCGCAACACCUCCCCUAUCGAGGUCGAGUACUCUCAACUGGAGAUGAAGAUCCUUCCAAUACGGGCUGCCUUCAUGGUGUGGUGCCGCUACCUGGAGAACACCGAGGAGCCCAUCAUGAUCCUUCUCAACACAGAGGAUCUAGCCUCUCUGAAUAAUGACAGGCUCACCGUACUUCUCCCCGGGCAUUGGGUCUUCUUCUUCUCUCACUUCAACUUUGACAUCGCAGAGCUGUCAGAACAAGAUGGUGGCCGACCUCUGCCACCCGGGAGAAACCUCAGGCAGAGAGCCUUCAAGAAGAGCACUGCCUCCAGGAGAGCCCUGCUUUUCGCCUCAAGGGGAUCCCCCAGGAACCAGUCAACAGAAUCGGGGGAAGAAAACGAGAACGAAGACCAGGAUGAGCCAAAUGUACAGACCCUACAGCAAGAGCUACUGGCCACCAUACCCAUCGACCAAAUACUCAACAGCUUCCUGGCCCACUUCAGCGUGGCCCAGAUCAGGGCGGUCCUCCUGCACUUCUUCCGAGGCCUCCUGUACUGGAAGAACGUCCUAGCUCGGGCGGCCAUCCUCGUGCUGCUGAGGGUGAGGCAGCGCCACUCGCUGACCCUGGCACCCACCAUGCAAGUGGUGCGGCCCCAGCCCAGGCGCUCCCUACGUUUCAUCCUGGACUCGUCCCUCAUCACAGGCAGCGGCAUCUCGACGGCUGUCACUCAGCUGCUCACCCAGAUGCCCCCGCUUGUGGGUGCAAACGUCAUCCCAGCCCAGGAGCUGGCCGAGCUGUUCCUGGGCCCCGAGCGCUGGCAGCGAAAUGAUCUGCAACCCCAGACCCAUCGGGGCCUGCGGUUCACCCCUGGGUUCUGGCUGACGCUGUGCGAGUUCUUCGGUGUCAGAGUCACCCCCCAAGAGGGCGGCCGCCCUGCCCGGCGCCAGAGCCGGUACCUGGAGCUGCACGUCGUUGGCGACGAGGAUGUCGUCUUGCGAGACGCCCUGCAAGACGACCUGCAACGUUACCGUCAGUGUGGCCUGCAUGACGGCCUGCAAGACACCUCGCAGGACGCGCAGGACAACGACGUGCAGGAGGCCCCACCUGGCGACGAAGCCGUCGCCUUCCUGCCACGCCCGCGCCACCUCAUGGACCCGCAGGUCCUGGACUUUUUGGGCAGCCGCCUGCUUCAUGUCCGUGGCGCUGACGGCCAGCUGCACUUGCUCAGUCGUGAGCAGGCAGCCAGGGCCCUGGGCCGGUUUCUGAUCUUGGUCUGCACGCAGGCCUUGCCCACCCCCGCCUGGCGGUGCCCGCCCGGGGAGGAGGCAAGGCUGGAGGAGCUGCCUGAGGAGGACGAAGACCCUGACCUUGACUGAGAAGGCCUCCUCCUCUC